ACAGACACAGAGCGGGUGAUAACUCAAGUUACUCAAGUUCUUAUCAAUUUUUUCAAAAACCGUUAUCACUUUUCAAAACUGAAGAAUAUACAUACGACAUUUGAACCCGCCAAAAAAAGAUUUCAGAAAUUUAGAACCUCUUGAUAUGUUCAAAUUCUACCUUUGCUACUGAAAUGUCCACCGAAACAAUUCCUACAGAACUAACCGAACAUCUCGAAAGAUUAAUCCUCAGUAUAUGGGCAGAGAUUGACACCGAAAACCUCAAACGCUGCGUUGAAUUCGUCGCCUGUCAAGUUUGCUAUGGCCAAUACUCGAUUCCAAGUAAAUCUCAAACUCAACAACUCCUAGAAACGUUUUCUACCAAAUACAAUCAUCUCGGAUAUCCAUUUUACGCCGAUGAACUAUCAAACUGUGUUCGAAAUUACUCUGCACCGGAUCCAGAAGAUAAACGUGAUAAUGUCGAAGCGAAAUGGCAGAUACUGGAAUUCUUAACCAAACUAUCCGACGAUCCUUUUAGUACCGAAAACUUGUAUUCUUUAGAAGAUAAAUUAGAAACGAGUAAAAAAGCCAUCUAUCCCGAAGAAAUAACCGAAGAAGAAUGCAUCAAUUGGUAUCGAUAUUUGAGAGAAGGUCAUGAAAAAUACCAACUACCUUCGGACGAUGAAGAUAAAGAUGAAGACUACACUUAUUCGAACUUUGACUCGUAUCGAGAAACAACCCAAGUUGAGAAAAUCGUUCCUCUCUAUAAGGAUGUAUUUGCUGCGUUCGAUGCUAAAGAAACGUCAGUAGCUGAUGAAAAAACUACCUUCUUGAAAGCUCUAAAAGAUGCCGAAGUGUCGAAGAAAUGGUUACAAGAACAUACGCAGAAUUCAUGGUGGUAUGAAGCUAAGCCAUUCUCAACGAGUAGUAAAUAUCCUACGGCUACUUUCGGUAUAGAUUGGGAUCGAUCUCAAAAUACAGUAUUGCAUUCGUCUAAGCUGUGGUCUGAGCAGUAUUUAUCAACGAAGCAUCAGUAUUUAACCGAGUAUAAAAUUAUUAGACAGUUGUUUUGGUUAAUGAUGAUUAACGAUGAUAAACAUCGUGUUGAUAAACAAAUGCAAACUCUACGUACUCAAAUCUCUACCCCUAGUUUAAUUCAGGAGACGUUCGCUUCGUUUAUAAAAGAAUUGUUCGACACAGCUACCAAAUACCAUGAACUGAGAUCAUUCACCGAUGAAAUAUUUGCCGAUGUUUUGCAAAUGCCGUUCAUUUUCCAAGCAUAUGGAUCAGUUUUGAGAAACAUUUGCGAUCCGUUUCUGCAGAAGGUCGUUGAAAUGGAGCAAAUGGUUCGAAAACAAGAUGAUACAAAUACUCUGCUGAAGGUUCGAAAUGACUUGAAUACGUACUUGAGAGAGAUUAAUUUCAUUCAUCGCGUACAUUCUACCAGUUUGGAUCCAAAUUGGCGAACUGAGCCCGCGUCUAAAGUUGCUUCCAAAUUACUAUCCUGUAUCCAUAGCAGAUUCAAAUCAAUAUUGAACCAAUCUGAAACACGUAUUCUGCUGAUAAUAUUUUUCAAGACUUUCAAAGCCUACGCUGACCUUAUCGAUAACUGGUUCACUGAGGGCAGACUAGACGACUGGAAAAACGAAUUUUUCAUUCGAAGAUCAGACGACGAAACGUGUAUUGUAUUACCUAAUUAUGCCUCGUCCGUUGCUUCCUAUUCCUCGUCAUGCGAUCAACCAGUAUCGUCGUAUCAAAUCUCCGAGUUCUUUUACAAAAUCGCUGAUCGUCUUAUGACUUGCAGUAAGAACAUCGACUUUUUAUGUAAACUGAAUAAAACGAAGCAACUAGAAGAGGAAAUCCUGAAAGAAGGAAAAUUGAUCGAAGUACUUGUGAAUGAGUUCGUUGGCCGAGUACUUGGUAAAUCGUCUUCUUCUUGCCCCACAAAAGACUCGAGUUCAGUUCGUCUGGUCUCAGGAAGUUCAAAACCAUUACCAUCGAUCCAGUUCCUUUCCAAUGAUACGAUCAGCCCUUAUCUAGUCUGCGCUUUUCAAAAUACUGUCAAUAUAAAUAUCAACUCAAAGAUUUCUAAACCUAAGGAUAUUUUCGAAGACUUGAGCAAUUUACCAGUAGAUUUAGAACUGUACCCGAUUGGAUCGAUAAUCGAAGAUUCGCUUUAUGCGACAAUCAAUCGUCGUGAAUCUGUGAUCGUUGAUCUUUUCAAAUCGUCGUUGAUUCACGAUUACAAAUUGUUCGAUCAUUUACGUACAUUGAGUGAUCUUUUGCUAAUGGAUUUGCACGGAUUCUGCAACAGAUUAAAUAUCAGGCUGGAAAAACGUAUCUGGGAAGGCAACCAUUUGAUGAAGGUAUUUUUACACGAUGCAGUCGAGUCGAACAAGUUAGCAUUCGGUCAUUUGAUCCACUUUACUCUAGAUCAGCAAGAUGAGUAUACGGAGAAUGUGGACGUUUGUGUUUCCGAAAUCAUAAAAGUUAUCGACUGCGUUCAUUUACAAUACAUGGUUCAAUGGCCUAUGAAUAUGAUAUUCAACGAUAACGUGAUCAAGAAUUUUUACGAAAAAUUAUUUAAAUUAGUUCUGAAAGUGAAUACAGCUUUUUCUAGCGUUACCAGGUUAUACUACAAAGACAUACCGGCUACGAAAUUUUUCGUGCUCAGAUUCCGUAGAAUGCAGAUGUUUAGAUACUGGGUCGUUCAACUGUUGCAUCGAGUUCGAAGUUAUCUUUCAUUAAUUAUAUCGCAAUGUCUGGAUCAUAAAUUGAUUGAAAAAAACAUACAGAUUGAAACUUUCGGUACCUUACAAUCACAUUACACGAAAUAUUUGGAGAACUGCAAGAAAGCUUGUUUAAUCAACGCGGAAAUUUACGCAGCAAUGGAAAACGCUCUAAACAGAAUAUGGCAAAUUUGCGAUCAUGUGCGUCUACUGUGGACGAAGAGUACGAAGUUAGCGCUUACAGAUCAAGACGUCGGCAAGGCGGUCGAACUGUACGUUCAAUGUUUAUGGUAUUUUACUCAAGUUCUCGAGAAAUUCGCUAAAAAAGGAAAACGAGAGAAUAACCCUCUAUUCAAUUUAUGGUCCGAUUUGGCCCAUAUGAUCGAAGUUCACAAAUCCACUAUCCCUGAGGAUUUGCCAUUUAUUGGAAAUACUGCCGAAGAGUCGUUCCAGUGUUGAAAAAAUUCCUAAAUUAAAAUUUUUUAUUAUCUAAUUAAUUUUUUUUUUUAUUUCGUGUUUGUCAUUUUUAAUAAAAUUAUUGCGUUUUAUAAAAACUA